AUGGAGAUCGUCCAGCCAUCGAGCUUCCCCGUGACGACACUACCGGGGUCACCCCCAAGCCGCGAGGUGCUGUCCAAACAUCUCCCUCAACGAGUUCGGCGAGUGCCCGAGUGCGCCGUCUUCUGCGAGACCCUCCUGGCGCUGCUCAAUGCAGUCCACGACGCUGUAGCCGCUCACGACGACCAAUGGCAGGCUGUCUUCUGCGACCUCGUCAAGCGCUUCCUCAAAAUGCUCAGCCGCAAGCCUCUGCUCGAGCGCCUAGCGGGUGGAGAGACGAUCGCGUACUCGUUCCGCGAACUCAACGCACAGGUGGACGACAUCUUCGCAGGCGUUGGCCUGAACACCGCGAGGAACCAGUGGGCAGCAGACUGGGAGCGUGGAUGCGACUACCAGGCUCACAAACUCAGGGAGCUGGUGACUGGUGCUGGCCCCCGCAUGCUGAUCGGUGAAGUGCGCGGCGUGGAGAAGGUCACCAAGGCGAUGCUGGACAUGUACACGCGGCUGGACGCCGACACGGUCGGAAGACUCGACGCGUUGAAGCGGGAGACUCUGGAGCGACUCCUGAUCACACUCGGGCUUGAGACGCGGGUCAUCACUUCGAAGACGGUGACGGCCAUUAACCAGCAGCCCACGAGCAUUCUAUCGAUCUUCAGGUGGUUCAUCCCGGAGCGAGACGUCAAGAUCCUGGGCGAGCCCAUCGGCUCGGGGAGCUGCGGAGUCGUGAGCCGCGCCGAAUGGCGCCACCGCGACGGAUCAGUCGAGGCGGUCAUUGUGAAGACGCUCUACGAGGAGCGCACUAGCUCCGAGCUGUCGCUGCUGAAGCAGUUGCAGUUCUGGUACGACCUCCCACGCCACCCGAACAUCAUCAAGCUCUACGGCGGGUGCCAUCUCGCCAAACACCCCUUCUUCGUAUGCGAAGACGCGCACGGCGGCGACAUCGUCAGCUUCCUGGGGAAGGAGAAGAACCGCGGCCUGUUCUGGAGCUUGUUCUUGCAGGUGGCGGAGGGGCUUCAGAUGCUGCACAGUAACCGAAUCAUGCACGACGGUCUUAAGGGCAGCAACAUCCUCAUCGGAGAGAACAACACGCCCAAGAUCUCCGACUUCGACUGCGCCUACAUCCGCACGUUGUCAGCGAGCGUCAGCCAGAAGACGGAGGACCUCCAAGCCAACGCCGUGCGCUGGAAACCGAGAGAGAAGCUGGUCGACACGAACAACGCACUGCCCGAGUACAAUUCGGACGUCUACGCGCUCGGUAUGACCAUGAUCGAGGCGCUGACCGGGGCCCCUCCGUUCCAGAUGGACCUGGAGGAAGACAUCCUCAACAACGUCAUCGCCGGCACGCCGUACGAAAAGCCUGAGGAAGCAUCGGAUGAAGAGUGGAAAGUCGUCAGUCGGCUCAUCGCUGUCGAUGUUGACAACCGCGCCGACACCGAAGAGACAAUUGCUUUGAUUCGCAGUCUCGUGCCGGCAACGCCUGCAGCGGCCUAG